AUGCCUUUCCAAAAGACCGAAAAGUCCUCCGCUUACCACUCCCGUUUCCAAACUCCUUUCCGUAGAAGACAAGAAGGUAAGACCGACUACUACCAAAGAAAGAGAUUAGUCACUCAACACAAGGCCAAGUACAACACCCCAAAGUACAGAUUAGUCGUUAGAUUCACCAACAGAGACAUCAUUGCCCAAAUUGUCUCUUCCCAAAUUGUCGGUGAUAUCGUUUUAACUGCUGCUUACUCCCACGAAUUACCAAACUACGGAAUUGAGCAUGGUUUAACUAACUGGUCCGCCGCUUACGCUACCGGUUUAUUAGUCGCCAGAAGAGCUUUACAAAAGUUAGGCUUAGACGAAACCUACAAGGGUGUCGAAGAAGUCGAAGGUGAAUUUGAACUCACUGAAGCCGUUGAAGAAGGUCCAAGACCAUUCAAGGUCUUCUUGGAUAUCGGUUUACAAAGAACCACCACUGGUGCCAGAAUCUUUGGUGUCUUAAAGGGUGCUUCCGAUGGUGGUUUAUACGUUCCACACUCUCCAAACAGAUUCCCAGGUUGGGAUAUCGAAGGUGAAGAAUUGGAUGCCGAAUUAUUAAGAAAGUACAUCAUGGGUGGUCACGUUGCCGAAUACAUGGAAGAAUUAAUGGAUGAUGAUGAAGAAAGAUACAAGGCCAUCUUCAAGGGUUACAUCGCUGAUGAAAUUGAUGCUGAAGACAUUGAAGAAAUCUACAUCAACGCUCACGAAAAGAUUAGAGAAAACCCAGUCUUCAAGCCAACCGAAAAGAAGUUCACCAAGGAACAAUACGCUGCUGAAUCUAAGAAGUACAGACAAGUUAAGUUGACCAAGGCUGAAAGACAAGCUAAGAUUGACAAGAAGAUUGCUGAUUUCCAAGCUGCUAACUAA